AUGACGAAAGAAGUGCAGCCGAGCAAAGACAUGGAGAUGAGAGAGAAGGAGAUGGAACAACACGAUGAGGAGCAGAACGUGGAGCUGGUGGAAUUCCAUGCGAUUGGAUCGGAAGUAGAGUAUAAGUCUGAGACUGUUGCAGCUCUGGAGAGUAAACACCCGGCAGCAUCGGAUGACCUCUCCUUCCCCGACCCUCCUGCCCCAGACUCAGAUAAUCUAUCAAUUACAGCCAACCAAUUGUGCGCUGCUGUCGGCUCCUUCCGGAGCGGCUCUGCCGGUGGCCUCGACGGCUUGACGCCGCAGCACCUUAAGGAUCUGACGUGCUCAAGCGCCGGGGAAGCUGGUGAGUCGCUUUUGAAGGAGCUGACAGCCCUUAUUAACCUAAUGCUCUCCGGCAAUGUGAACGGAGCCGUCAUCGACGUUUUGUAUGGUGCCAAUUUAUGUGCCCUGCGUAAAAAAGAUGGCGGCAUCCGUCCCAUUGCCGUGGGAUGCACAUAUCGCCGUAUCGCAGCCAAGUUUGGCUGUGCCUACUACAAAGAAACCCUGGCCGCCAAAUUUCAGCCCUUACAACUAGGUUUUGGCUCGAAAGGGGGUUGUGAGGCUGCGGUACACGCCCUUUCCACGUAUGUAAAUAGCGGGAAAGGCGAGGUCAUCCUUAAGGUUGACAUUAGGAACGCCUUUAACUCCGUAAAUAGAGAUACCUUGUUGACGGAAGUUAAAAAUGAAAUUCCAAAAUUAUAUAAAUUUCUUUGGCAGUGUUAUAGACAUUCAACUAAAUUACUCUAUAAAGACAAAGUUCUAGAUUCGGCCGUCGGAUGUCAACAAGGUGAUCCUCUGGGGCCUGCCAUUUUCAGCUUGGCUAUUAACCCUAUCAUUCGACAGCUAAAUUCUAAAUUUAAUGUGUGGUACCUCGAUGAUGGGAUCCUAGGAGGCGACGCAGAUACUGUAGCUGACGACUUUAGAUUAUUAAUACAAAAAUUCGACUCGAUUGGCUUACAACUAAAUUUAUCAAAAUGUGAAAUCUUCAUCCCUGAUAACAACCAACAAGUCUUUUCGAAAUUCCAAUCCAUAGCUCCAAAUUUGACAGUACUAGAAAAAAGUUCCCUUCGCCUCCUGGGAUCACCUAUUCUCGAUGAGUCCUUCACCAGUUAUAUUAACGAGAAAAUUCAAAAUUUUAAUGAUGUUUCAGAGAGAUUAUACAAAAUCAGUAUACAUUCGGCCUUCACUUUGAUUCGGUAUUGUUGUUUUGGACCAAAAUUUACUUAUAUUCUUCGCUCCUCACAUAUAUGGAAGCACCCACAAGUUUUGGACAAAGUUGACCAAAUUAUCAGAAGCACCCUCACCUCCAUCCUCAAUGUGGCCUUGGACGAUCGAGCCUGGCAGCAAGCUGCACUCCCAAUACGCAUGGGAGGAGUUGAAGACGAUGAUGAUGAGGCGGUACAUAUUUGUCCCAAUUGUGGCGACAGUGAUUGA